UUGCAAAAAUUCAGUAAUUUCGCGACUGGGAUGCAAGAAGGUUGUGUCCGAUCCCGUAAUUAAUAAAUUUGUCAAAACAACAAGUUUGUGCAUAGAAAAUUAAACGAACGAAUUCAAAGAACAAUUGGAAUCGUAUGUGAACAGAACUUAAAUUAGUUGCGAAAUUCGUAACCUCUAAUCGGAAUUCAGUUAUGUGUUAGUUUGUUUGUUAUUUUGUGUCAAAAAGCGUGAAAAUGAAUGUGGGAAGGGCUUAUGUUGACAUCCUGGAGCCUAGGAGGAAGCCGGGAGGCAUUGUUGGUUUCAUGACCCGGAAUUGGUAUCCGCAACAUACUAUGACUUUGGACAAGAAGUAUUCACCUGAGGACCUCAAAGACCUGGUCGCAAAUUCUCUGUACAUGGACUCGAUUAUGGAAUCGAUAUGUUCAAGAACUGGUGCCACUAAAGAAGAGCUGCAGAAGAUAGUGCACAAUUUCCUGGAAGAAAUGGGCCUUGAUAAGAAGGUCCAUGUGAUUAGGUGGAUGGGAGUGCUCUUCCUCAAGAUUUGCUUCAUGAUGAAAAUCAAGAUGUUUGUCAAUGAAGUUGCUGUAUUUAAGCUGAAAUCGAUAAUGGGCAACAAUCCAGUCCUGUUCCUGCCCACCCACAGGAGUUACGCAGAUUUCUGCCUGAUGACCUAUCUGUGUUACCACUUCAACAUUGAUUUCCCAGCCGUGGCUGCUGGCAUGGAUUUCUACUCCAUGGCGGUAAUAGGUCGCCGUAUGAGGGAGACUGGCGCCUUCUACAUCCGUCGCACGCUGGGCGGAGACGAACUGUACGCCGUCACUCUGAAGCAGUACGUCAAGACUGUGGUGGCUAAACAUGCUGCACCCAUCGAGUUCUUCCUUGAGGGAACUCGCAGCCGGAGCAACAAGAGCAUGCCCCCUAAAUAUGGUAUGUUGUCCAUGGCGAUGGUUCCAUUCUUCUCUCACGAGGUCUCCGACAUCACCAUCGUGCCCGUGAACAUCAGCUACGACAGGCUCAUGGAGACCACUCUCUUUGCCUACGAACAUCUUGGAGUACCCAAGCCUAAGGAGUCCACUGGGGGCUUCCUAAAAGCGCUGCACAAUUUGAACGAUCAUUUCGGCUACAUCUACCUCAACGUUGGCCUUCCAAUUUCCGCCAGGGAGUUCUUCAACCAGAAUCCCAAAGUAUUAAAUUCUCCAGAGACGGCCAAGCCCAUGGAUCUGCAGGCGGUCACACCGGAACAGUUCAAACAAGUGCAGUCUCUUGCAAACCAUGUCAUAACUGUACAGCAGAAGAACACGAUGGUGACCAUCGCCAAUUUCGUGGCUCUCACUCUAAUGCAAAACAUUCAACUCAACAAACUUGCGACAAUUGACGAGGUCUAUGCAGACAUCGAACUUUUCAUCAAAGAUUUAGGCUAUUUCGGAGCCAGUAUCUUUGUUGAUUUAAAAGACGCGGUGGAAAGGAUCCUCGUGGUGCACCAGAAGAUGAUGAAGUUGGAUGGCGAGAAGCGACUGAAACUGAUCAUUGCAAGCCCGAUGGAAUUGUCGGAUGAAGUCAAGAAGAAAAUUAAAGGCCACUUGAUGCAUCCCGAGACGAUGGCGACGUCGGUGUCGGUGAUACAACUCCAGUUGUACGUGAACCCGGUGCUUCACUUCCUAGUGCCCGCCUCCCUCCUCUACCUCUGUGUGUUCCACGACCCUGGUCAAGUCACAGAGGUGUACUUUGAGCGCGUCAAGGUUCUAAGGAAAAUGCUUAGUCACGAAUUCUUCUACGUUGAAUCUGACAUGGAAGAUAAAUUCCAAGAGGCGCUUACCUUCUGUUCCCGUCACGACGUACUUGCGUAUGACAAGGAAAUGGACACGUUGAAGCUCGGGAAGGAUAAAAAGCGACAGUGGAUGCUGACGUGGACCUUGGCGCCGUUCAUCACCACUUUGCACGUGGCCACUUUGAUCAUGCUGGAGCAACAUGGGCGGAUAACUGAGGCGGAGGCGGCGAAGCGGAUCCAGCGUAAAGUGGUGGAGUUUGUCCAGCCUCGAGAGGAGCAUUGGUUGGGACACCCGUACAGCCUCAGCUUGGAGGUCGCGCGCAACUGUCUGCGGGGACUCGCCGACGCUCGGUCUCUCAUCAAAUAUCGAGGGGACAACAUAUCAUAUGAGGCGGUACCCGUCAACCUGGAAGUAGCUCACCGUCUGACUCUGUCCGUUCUACACAGAAUCCCUGUAGACUUCCAUAACAACAAGGCAGUGUGCAACCAACUGCUUCAGUCCCGGCUUUAAGCUACCUGCCUAAAUGAGGGUGAUUCUUUCAAAAACACUUAACAAAAAAUAGCCAUUUUGGUAUCCUCAACCAUAUGUCUUGAAACCAACCUGCUGCCACCUAACGUGUAGCGAGUUCGAUUCACGCACCGAAUAACUCUUUUUCAGGCUUAGUACGAGUUUUUCAAGUUACCGCGUUCGGCGCUCUGAUUGGUCCGCUCUAAUGAACCAACCAAUCAGAGCAUCGAACGCGGUAACAUUUCGAUCUUGUUAAACAAACUCGUAGUAAGCCCUGUGACUUAUGAAAAAUAAAACCGUUUCACUCUUAAAAUAAUAAUAAUUAAUUAUAAAGUUACUAAGAUGCUUAAUAAUUUGGGAUAAUGGCUACUUAAAUAAUGUUAAGGUUUUUCAAAGAAAUACCCUUCAUCGAGAUCAAAUACUUACUUUAUAGUAUUUGUCUCUCCAUUGAUCGAAUUCAAGCAAGUUUGAAUGUGACUCCAUUGGUAUAACAAUUGUUUUCAAUUCGUAAAACAAAUACAAAAUAUAAAAAAAUCUUUCUCGUAGUCUGUUCAAGUAACUUUGAGCUCUAAUACAUUGACAUAAGGCAUUCAUUGUGCCUAAGUAAGGUCUUAUAUUUUGUUCAAAAAAGCGUGAAGAAUUUUAUCUUGAUACUACGUAAUUUGAACUCUAUUGCAUUGACGUAAGAAUUGUUUUUAUUUAAUUAAACAUGUCACAUCUGAAUAAAGUAUCUCUCACUCUCUUCUUAAACGGAGAAGAAAUGAGUAUUGAUAACCACGCCUAUUAUACGAAAUGGCGAAUUUCAUACAUUUUUAAAUUAUAAGUAUAUACUUAGCAUUUAAUCAAUUUUACAGCGGUACUCAGAGACAUUUAAUGAUUACUUAAACUAUUCCUUAGUAACGAUUUUGUUCUGAAAACAACUAAAAACUGGCUUAAGUAAUCAUUAAAUGACUCUGAGUACGGCGGUUAACGUAUUAUCGAUAUACCUAAAAUAUUGUUUCCAUCUCUUUCUUACAACAAGAAAAAGAAAAGGACAACAAUAGGUAAUUAAUUGUAGGUUUUCUAUAUGUCGUAAUAACUCUGCAAAGCGCUUGUUUUUUUUUAAUUACGGGUGAAAAAACGGUCAACUUUAUUAUUUAUUAGUUACUGACUUAAUUACUUUUAAGUGAACUGUGUGUUACCAUGGUGUACCUAUUUAUUUAUUUUAGUUUUAAUUUGUAAAUAUGGGUUUUAUGUUAGUAUUAGUUUUUGACGUAUGCAACGAAAUAUGAUUUCUUUGGCAUUGAAUUAAAAAAUGUACGGUUUACUCACGUAACUGUUCGAGCGUACUCGACUAGUUUUGAGCUACGAUCGGGGCUCAUAAUCACGAAAAUUAUACUCGGGAAAUACAGUCACGCAGUCAACUCAUUGUUAGCCUUCUAAUGAAAGAAUUACGUGAGUAAACUGUAUAUUUAAAUUAAUUGAGUAUAUAUAAAGAUAGUUUGUAACAAAAAAGGUUUUGUAUGUUCCAAUAAUUUGCCGACUAACAGUCUAUUGCUCAAUUUUCUAACAUAACCUUAGAUUAUAGUUAUGACUUGGAAAUGAAUGGACUGAAUUGCACGGUUGGCAAAGUAGCUAGACGACCGACUGCUGCGCAACGCAUCGCAGUUUCGAUUCCCGCGCGGAUUAAAAUUUUAUGAUCGGCAGAUAGUUGGUCGAGUUUAGAUGUGAUAUUGUGGAAUUUGUGUUAUAAACACAAUGUAGGGAAAUAUCGGAGAGAUUGAGAAAAGAUCAGUGAGAAUGAUGGUGUGCUUUCUAUUUAAUAUUCUUCUUAUAAUUAGCAACUGGAAUCUGUAUUUUUACAAUUUUCGCAUUGCAUCCACACAACUAUGUAGGGAAGGAAAAAGGGUAUGACAAUUAAACAUCUAAUUAGUCCUACCUGUGUGCCUGAAAAUUGGUGUUUUACUACAUUUUUAUCAACAUAAAAGUACAUACUUUUUACUCAUACUAUUCUUAAUAUAUUUUAUAAAUAACUUGUCUAGUAGGUGUGUAGUGUCGAGCCUACUACAAUGUGUAUUACUUAUGCCCAUCUCAGGUCAUUAUUGUCACGUAAUAGAAUUUAAUAAUAAUUGUUAUUCAUCAUCAUUUCAGGUAUUCGAAAUUGUGUCGGACUUCAUCGUUCAAUUAUUUUGAUGUGUCAAAACUCUUUUGUAUUGCAUACUCAAAACAGUUGACUCUUGAUGAUUUAAAGCUGAAAACAGUUCUGCAAUUGAGAUUUAACGAUAUUAGAGUUGUAAUUUAAAGGUUUUACUGAAAAUAUAACUGAAUAUCAUAUGCGCUAACAUUACCCCUAUUUUCAAAAUUCAAUAUUCACGUAAAUUAAUGAAGAAAACGCGCGCCUACUAUUCAGCAGGUUUAGUGUUCAGCAGCGACGUCGUCGCGUCUGCGUAUGUAGCUCAUGAUGAAGAGUCCCUCUGUGACUCGAAACUAGUAGAGCUUUUCUCCAUUAAUUUACGGGAAUACACCGUGUGUUUAGCAUCCCAAGAAUAAUAACAAACAACUGUUUAACUGAGGCCUAUAAUGAUUAAAUUUUUGAAUUAUUUAUCAAGAAUCAACUGCACAUGCAUUUAAAAUAGACAACACUUGUGUGGCUGUUUACUAUUUCCAGUGAAAGCAACACUUAUUAAUUUUAUGCCAAUUCUUUACAGUAUGUCUACGGGCUUGUAACGUUCUAGUCUUAUCACAGUAGUACUUAUGAUAAUAAUAAUAUUUCAACCAUUUGCUAUUUAUUCUCAUAAUAUAAUAGAUUGUGAUAUUUGGUGUAUUAUGUCCGUAGUACCUCUUACCACUGUAUACCAACUAGGAUUUACUCUACGGAGCAUUCUUGUUCUUCAGCUGCAAUUAAUCGGAGUGAAUACUGACGAGGAACAGAACUCCCGCCUCAUUCUUGCCUUAAUUGGCUGGCUUGAGUGGAGAUUCCUAAAAGUGGUAAGAGGUGCCCUAAUGUAUCUAAAUGCUGAUUGGAAUAUUGUCUAUUUUUGAAUUGGUCAUAGCAUUUUCCAUACUCUGAGGGCUAAGCACUCGGUACGAGUUUGCUUUACGUUUACAACGAGAGCACGUUCGGCGCACUGAUUGGUUAGUUCAUUCGCGCUGGCCAAUCAGAGCGCCGAACGCGCUCUCGUUUCGAUUUUGUUCAACGUAAAGCAAACUCGUACUAAGGGUACUGAGUAUUACACUUUUGACAAAAGACUCUUCAAUAUUCAUCCAUCAAGGACUGGCUUUAGCCUCUUGUAUGGGCUUCAAAGGCCAUCUUCUACGCCCCUAUUCUAAGCUGGAAAAUAAACAAAAUAAUAAAUCAUACCUUUACAUAUAUGAAAGUGCAGACGCCUCGGGAAUACACCAAAUAUGACACAUUUUUCAUCGUAUAAUUAAUGUGUAGAUGUGAAAAAAAAAUUGUAUGAAUGUGUACUCAAAAUUUUCCUUUAAAAUUGUGAUUUAAAUUUGCCAAUUCCAUUUAGUCUUAGUAUUUAAUGUUAGGUGCCUAUUAUUGUGGGUGGUUUGUAUAAAACGUUUGAACGAUUCCGAUACUGAAAGUAUUUAAUAUAUUAUUUGUAUUAUCAUGUAUUCAGUUAUUAUAUUACUGAUGUCGUAUGCAUUUUUUAUUUAAUUCAGUAUUACAACGAAAUGUUACAUUUAUUUUCUUUUUGGGAUCAACUGUGUAUAUGUGUGUGUAAUGAAAAUACGUAACUAUCAACCAACUAAUUUUAUUUUAUACAUUGACAGUAUUUUUUUUGUGUUCGUGACAGAAACUUGCAUAAUUUGUUUGCCAUAUAAGUUUUGAAUACACUUUGAAUACAA